AGCCCAGUAGUCUAAAAUGUCAUCUGAUGGAGAUAUGUCCAAUCAAACGGAAUCUGGCACCUUCUGGACUCAUGAGAAGAGAUAAGUUUCAGUAAUGCAAUGAAAACCAUUAAUCUAGUUGCCUGAGAUGCACAAGUACUCAACCAUCGCCAUUGAUCAGUCCCUUAGAUCAAUUCGUCAUUCCCCUAUUGCUUUGCCUCCAUUUUCUACCUGUCCCAAACACCAUCCAGAAAUUCAGAGCAGGAAAUAAUGGGUUCCUUAUCUCGUAGAAAUGCCUCAUCCCCGUUGACAGUGUUUCCCUUACUCAUCAUUCUCUCAUCCUUUGCCUACUGCGAAGUUGGCAAUCCAUCAGCCUAUGAAGUACUUCAACAAUAUGGUUUCCCAAUUGGUAUUCUUCCCAUAGGAGUAACAGGCUACGAGUUGAACACAGAAACUGGCCAGUUCUCGGCCUAUUUGAACGGAACUUGCAGCUUCUCUGUUGAAGAUUCAUAUCAGCUCGAGUACAAGUCCACCAUAACUGGUGUUUUGUCCAAAGACAGGCUCAAAGAUUUGAAGGGCGUCAGUGUCAAGGUGCUCUUCUUCUGGCUUAGCAUUGUCGAAGUGGUUCAUGACGGCGACGAGCUGCAGUUCUCUGUGGGGAUUGCUUCGGCAAAUUUUCCAGUCAACAACUUCGAGGAGCGUCCUCAGUGUGGGUGUGGAUUGGAUUGUAACCAGUUGAGCACUGUCCUGCCUUCAUAUCCAAACAGAACAUACUGAGUGCAAAGAGUGUUUUGCUGAUAGCGCUACGUUUCUGUAUAUUGCUAUGUAAUGCAGUAUGACACUUGUGUUUUACAUGCAAGGAUCUAAUUCAGCAUGUUUAGUAUAGUUAUAUCUAAUCUUUGAUUUUUUUCCCCGAGAAUUGGAUGACAAUAGUUCUAGCUAAGCUUUUAUAUCAUUUUUGGACUUAGGUAGUUAGGUGUAUCUUUGUGAAGGGAGUAGUCUUGAGCUAGUGGUUAGGUGUAUCUUUGUGAAGGGAGUAGUCUUGAGCUAGUGGUUAGGUGUAUCUUGACUGGUGAGUCUAAUUUACUGUUUAAUCAAAUCUCACUGCCCUAUUGUGCAAUUUUUAUGUUUGAGAGUUUCUGUUUGAUCCUAUCAUGCAAUAUGCAUGCAUUCGGUCGUAUAAAAUGGAAUAUGCUUUUUCUAUCUGUCAAAUUCCUGGCAUAAAAUGGAUUCAGCAAGAAUUGUUCAUUCCAACGGCUACUGUUGCCAUUAGGUACAAACAGUAACCUAACAGUCAAGGCUUCAGCCAACCAAGAAGUUCUGCCUCUACCUAGCACAGAGAAACAGAUUUGCAUUUCCAACCAAAUCCCGUCUCUCUAAUGGCAACACUAGGCCUAAUACUCUUCUUUCUGGUCUCCUUCUCAAUCUCAACCCCAUCUGCUUCUGUCAAGGACAAGCUGACCGCUUACGAAGCUCUCGAAGAGUAUGACUUCCCAGUAGGCAUUCUUCCCAAAGGCGUACUAAGCUACGAGCUAGACAAUUCCACAGGUAAAUUCUCAGUCUAUUUGAAUGGCUCUUGUACCUUUUCAAUAGAUUCAUAUCAGCUCAAGUACAAGUCCACCAUAACGGGUGUGAUAACCAAAGACAAGAUCUCGAGCUUGAGUGGUAUCACGGUCAAGGUGCUGUUCCUGUGGUUGAGCAUUGUCACAGUGAUUCGAGACGACGAUGAGAUCCAGUUCUCUGUUGGGAUCGCCUCCGCGGACUUUGCCGUCAGUAAUUUCGUGGAGAGUCCGACGUGUGGUUGUGGAUUUGAUUGUGUCAAUGUGGACGGAAGGAAGAUCAAAUUUGAUGAUCAGUCACUAGUGUCCUCUGCUUAAGUCAGUUUUCAAAAUUAUGUUCGAACCGAGUGUGAUUUGAGAUUCAGUGUAGCAUUGUAACAGAUUUUCACGAGUGAAAUGGGUUUGUUUAA